AUGGAAAUGUCAGGACCUUCCGAGAGCCCGCAGUCCUUCUGGUUCUUCGCGCUGCUGCCCAUGGCCUUGACACUGGGUUGGCUCGCGGUAACCAGGCGACGACUCCCGCCGGGUCCCCGUGGGGUCCCCUUCAUCGGCAGCAUCCUCAGCACAGAGCAACUGAACCACCGCGGCCUCGCGAAGCUUGCCGAGCGCUAUGGUGGGCUGUUCCUCCUCCACUUCGCUGCCACCCGCACGGUUGUCGUCUCCUCGCCGGAGAUGGCCCGGCAGGUCCUUCAGGUUCACGACGGCGUCUUCUCCAACCGCCCCGCCACCGCCGCCAUCCGCUACCUCACCUACGAUCGCAGCGACAUGGCCUUCGCCAACUACGGGCCCUUCUGGCGGCAGAUGCGCAAGCUCUGCGUUAUGAAGCUCUUCAGCCGCCGGCGGGGAGAGUCUUGGGCCUCAGUUCGUGACGAGACCGACGCCGCCGUCAGGGCCGUCGCCGCCGCCGCAGCCGCCACCCCGGAGGCCUCCGUCAACGUCAGCGAGCUUGUCUUCAACCUCGCGAAGGGGAUCAUCUACUGCGCCGCCUUCGGUUUGAGCUCCAGCGAAGGGCAGGACCAGUUCAUCGCCAUUCUGCAGGAGUUCUCCAAGCUCUUCGGCGCCUUCAACGUGGCCGACUUCGUCCCAUGGCUUGCACCGCUGGACCUUCACGGUCUCCGCAAGCGCAUGGAGGCCGCCAGGGCGGCACUCGACGGCUUCAUCGACGAGAUCAUUGACAAGCACAGAGUCAACCCCAAGGCCACUGAUGACCUCAACACCGACAUGGUGGACGAGAUGAUCGUCUUCCUCGGCGAAACCCCCGCCGCCGACGGCGACGAACUCCAAGCUUCCUUCAAGAUCACGAGAGAAAACAUCAAGGCCAUCAUCAUGGUACGUAUGGAAAAAGGGGGGAGAGAGAGACCCAAAACCAUCAAUAUCCCGUUUCUAAGUGUUACUGUGGAAACAGGACGUGAUGUUCGGCGGAACGGAAACUGUGGCAUCGGCGAUCGAGUGGGUGAUGGCUGAGCUGAUGAGGAGCCCGGAGGACAUGAAGAGGGUGCAACAGGAGCUGGCGGAGGCGGUGGGGCUCGACCGGAAGGUCAACGAGGGGGACAUAAAGAACCUCUCCUUCCUCAAGUGCUGCAUCAAGGAGACGCUGCGCCUCCACCCACCCAUCCCGCUCCUCCUCCACGAGACAGCAGAGGAUUGCGAGCUGGCCGGUUACCACAUACCGGCGCGCACGACGGUGAAGAUCAACGUGUGGGCCAUCGCCCGCGACCGCUCCGCCUGGGAAGACGCCGACUCGUUCAAGCCGGCGAGGUUCGCCGCCGCAGAGGCCCCAGAUUUCAAGGGCUCCUGCUUCGAGUUCAUCCCCUUCGGCUCCGGCCGCCGGUCCUGCCCCGGUAUGCAGCUCGGCCUGUACGCCCUGGAGAUGGCGGUGGCGCAGCUACUGCACUGCUUCAACUGGGAGCUGCCAGACGGCAUGAAGCCCUGCGACCUCGACAUGAGUGACGUGUUCGGGCUCACAGCGCCGAGGGCCGUCAGGCUAGUCGCCGUGCCCUCCCCCCGCCUCACCUGCUCCUUGAUUUGA